GACUGAUGCCUUUUGUUACAGGAAGUGGUAAUUAAUAUGCAUAAAAUUUAUUCAAACGGAUUAACAAUGAAUUUAACUCGGUUACGCUUACAAAAACGGAAUCUAACAGUUACUAUAUGAUCCAAAGCAUCGUUUUUGUUCAGUGGACUCUUUGUAUAUAUAGUUGUUGAUAGUUAAAUAAACAUGGAUGAAGGAACUUUAAAUGAUUUAUUGGAGUGUUCAGUGUGCCUAGAACGACUAGAUACAUCUAGCAAAGUACUUCCUUGUCAACAUACUUUCUGUAAAAAGUGUUUAGAAGAAAUAGUGCAAACACACAAAGAAUUAAGAUGUCCAGAAUGUCGAGUUCUAGUUUUGGUAAAAGUGGAUGAUUUGCCCCCCAAUGUCUUGCUAAUGCGAAUAUUAGAAGGAAUUAAAAAUGCUGGUAAUUUUUUGCCUAAGAAGAUUAACAGACCUGCCAGGGCUCCGAAUCUAUUACCUACAGCUGUUGCACAGACAACUCCUCUGCAUACCCCACACAGUACUCCAGAUCACAGGAUCAAUUCUAAUAAGCAACAAUUGUUGCCCCAUCAGCCGUACGCUAAGGCAAUGUAUGAUUAUACAUCUAAAGAAACAGGGGAUCUGAACUUCAAACGAGGAGAUGUCAUUAUUUUGAAAAAACGUAUUGACACCAAUUGGUAUCAAGGAGAAUGUGGAGGAAAACAGGGGGUUUUCCCAUUGAGUUAUGUUCAGAUAAUAACCCCUGUUCCCAGUCAUAUACCACAAUGUAAAGCAUUAUACGAUUUUCGUAUGGCAAACGACGAAGAAGAAGGAUGUUUGUCAUUUAAUAAAGGAGAUAUCAUCAGUGUCAUUAGGAGAGUCGAUGAAAAUUGGGCAGAAGGAAAAUUAAAUGGUAGAAUUGGCAUAUUUCCUUUAGCAUUUGUCGAAUUGAACAAUUUAGCUAGAUCUUUAAUGAAAUUAUCCACCAAUGCUCAACCAGGUCCUUCACGGGUAGCACCCCCUACACCAACAUCUGAAGAUACGUCGCCUCUAAUACCAACUGAUCACACCCGCAACGUAAUACCUCAGCAGGUGCAACAACAGCCUCCUGUGCCGUUGGCGCGUGCGCCUGUACCAAAUCAACAACAUGCUCCGCUUGCUGCUUCCGACUCGAGUUCUACUUUAAGUUCGGGUACUUCGGGAGGCACUUCUAACAUAUCGUCUGCUAAUGCCUCUUCUGGAAAUACUUCAUCCAGCUCGAGUAGUCCUUCCCCGUCGUCUCCCGCUUCUCCUCCGCCUCCGAAAGGACAGCAGACACUACCACCUAAAAAUACCAUGAGACCGGACCUUCUCAACACAGGCAAACUAACUACACCACAACGUUCUCCACAAAACCAACCUCGCCCUGUAGACCCACACCUUACCUCUCACCAUCCCCACCAACAUUCAAAGGAAAAGCGGCAUAGUUUUACUGGCCUCGUCACUACACACCACCCGAAUCCUGUAACGCAAAAUCAAAAUCGACUUUCGGCUGAGAUUGUACAAGGCAGCGAUGGCCAAAUGGCUACUUCAAACGACAGAAGGGGGCGUACCGGGCAUCUUUCGGAAAUGCAACUACCUGCUACGUAUGUGGCUUUAUAUCCUUAUAAACCGCAGAAAGCUGAUGAAUUGGAAUUGAAAAAAGGUGGAAUUUAUAUGGUGACUGAAAUCUGUCACGACGGUUGGUAUAAAGGAACAUCCAACCGUACCCAGAAAUGUGGCGUCUUCCCAGGCAACUACGUAACCCCAGCAAGAGGAGUACCCAACACUCAAAGUGCCAAGGAUUCAGCCGAAUCUAAGUUGCCCGUAAGUUUUACUCGGAGCGGAAAAGCCUAUUCCGCUUCAGCACAGCAUGCCGCUUCCACUAAUCCACCCGAAUUACCGGCAAGGGCAACAAGCCCCUCGUCGAAUGCUUUUUCCAGUAGUUGGCACGGGGGGCAACAGGACGCGCAAGCCGUGCCUUUAGGCAGAAGCAGCAGUGCCAUUAUGACAGGAGGAAAUAACGCUGUCAAUAAAACUGAUAAGCAUCACGACAAGAAACAACGAAAACCCGGCAGGAAGCUCUGGUUCUAGUCCCGACAUACAGCGCCAUCGCAAAUCAAAUUCGUUAGAUGCAGGUAACAAAAGCAAGACCGUGGUCCAAACUGUGAGGGAAAGGUUCAGAUGUAUAGCACCGUAUCCACCGAACAGCGAAUACGAGUUGGAACUUCAAGUUAAUGAUAUAAUCUAUGUUCACAAAAAGAGAGAGGAUGGUUGGUAUAAGGGCACACAGCAAAGAACUGGAAAAACAGGGUUGUUUCCUGCUAGUUUUGUAGAAAGUUAUUAGUUGUAGGAUAGGUAAAAACAACGUAUUAUCAAUCUUUACUAAAAAGUUAUUUUUAAAUUAAAUUCCAAGUGCAAAAGAAUGUCACUGAAUUAGUUCUUUUUAAAAUGUUAAUUAUGUUAAUAGUAAUUAUUUAUAAAAUAUUGAAAACUACAAUAAUACUUGUUCCAGUGAACAUAUCUAGUUUCAUGUCAAGUUCAUGUACUGGCUCAUAGUUAUGGUAAUUUUCUAAAUUUAUGUAUGAUGAUCAAAUUAUUUGAGAUUAUUGAACUUUUUUAUAAAAAGUUUAUUAUAAGCAAGUCCACUUGAUUCCUCAUCGCGCUGGCAGCGUUCAUUUCGUUGUGAGUGGUAGUUAAUUCAAACCCCACAUUAUAUAUUUUGCAAACCUAGUAGUAUAAUCCCAACUGCAAUUUUGAGUUAGACUUUGCGACUCCCACUUAAAAACACUUCUCCAUUGUUUAAAAGUCUCCAAAAGUUCUGCAAGUUGUUUUCGUAUAGUUUAGUCGGAACAGUAACUUCAGUGUAUGUUGCUGAAGUUUUUGGCUUGUUUUCUUAUCGUUUUAUUUAUUUUCCUUUAACAUUCCUUAAAUAUUCAUCUUUUGUUGUAUUUAUAUUCCUUUACAUUUCCCUUAUCUAUUUACACCAAUCGUAUCAGCGUAUUUUUCGUUUCAAAAUUUUGUCUUCGGUCCUUAAACUUACACCACAUGCUAUGGCAAUAUCUCUUUGAGUCAUUGAUGUGGCUCGUUCAAAAUAACGACCGAAUGUGCGUUUGGAAAGAUUUAACCACCUUCAAAAUUAAGAAUCAAAUAAAGGCUUAGCUCAACUUACUUAACAAAAAUGCAUAUGUCUGUAGGUUGGUAUGUGUUAUUACUCACUUACUGUGAGAACUUGUCAAUAUUUUGACGUGACAAGCAUGUUUCCAACUGCCGAGAAAACAAAAUUGUGAAAUAUGUGCUCACAUUUGGUCUCACAAUACUGUAAUUGAAUAUUAAGCAGUCAUGUAAGUUAAUCUUCUCAGUAGUCAACUUAGUGAAAUAUAAAUCAUGUUCUGUCAAGUUUAUUCUUUUCAGUUCACAGGAAAUACUUCAGUGUUCUAUGUAAGUCAUCUUUACUUCGACUUAAUAAGUUUAUUCUAGCAUUUUAAAAAGAACUAAUAUAACGUCUAGUGUAUAAAUAUCUUGAGAUUCUUAAUAUUGUUAGGUACUUGAAAAAUAAAAUCUAUUGACUACG